AUGGGUAAUUCAUCAUCAAACAAGAGCCCAACCCCUUCCACCUCGCAUUCAGAAAACAACAAGGACUAUAGCUUGCCAAACAGAAGAUUGGCCACAACCAAAACCACAUCAUUUUCCAAUACCCCUCCUCCCCGUCCUCCCCGUCCUGGGCCUGCAGCUCUCAGGGCAGCAUCACGGAGUGUGAGAAACUCUGCCAACAAACAUGUGGUCCCAGCACCAGCACCCACAUCACCUAAAAGGUCAUUUUCCAGUACCUCUCGUCACCAUCCUCAGCCUGCAACUCUCAGGCCAGCAUCACAGAGUGUGAGAAACUUUGCCAACAAACAUGUGGUCCCAGCACCAGCACCCACAUCACCUAAAAGGUCAUUUUCCAGUACCUCUCGUCACCAUCCUCAGCCUGCAACUCCCAGGCCAGCAUCACAGAGUGUGAGAAACUCUACCAAUAAAUAUGUGAUCCCAGCAGCAACAACAGCGAGGGAACCUGAGAACAUCACACCACGUCAAGGGCAGUUGAUUGCAAAGCUCUUGGUGUGUCCUCAGUACAGUGGACGAGGGUGUGUUGCUCAGCCUUGCAGGAGGCUUCACGUAUGCUACCACUGGGCCACCAAGACCUGCAACAGGAAGACAUGUAAGCAUGACCAUUCUCUGAACUCUCCACAUAACAGAAGGCUCCUUGAAGCAUCUCAAGGAAGGAAUAAUAUGAGACAUCUUGAAGUUUCUGGAAUCAUAAAAAAAGAUAAAGGGCCAUUGUCAAAAGAGAAGGGGCCACAAAUCUGUUCAUUUAAUGUUUUAAAGAGGUGCACCAGAGAUCCAUGCAACUUAGUCCAUUGUGCAAAGAAUUAUCUUUGGGAGGUACAAGACUGUAGUAAGUGGAUACAACUGUCCUAUAACCAGAGUGACUACCUGGAGGUGAUGUACAGUCAUCCCUCUGAGGAGUGUGUACCUCUCGUUCCUCUCAAGCCUUCUGUAUCCAACAACAGGAAUUUGAAGAGUCUUACCACCCUCCUUGCCAAAGAAGCUUCAUGGACUGUUGACCUGGAGGCAAUGAAGCUGAAAGGGGGGUGGUCGGUUCUUGACAUUCGAAGGCUUUCCACCACCUCAGAUAUCUCUUCUCAAAUCCCCGUGGCCACGCGCUGGAUCUGGUACUGGCAGGGGGAUGAUGGGUGCUGGAAGCCUUAUGGGGAGGGGGUCAUCAAUGGACAUUACUAUGUAGCUCUUGGAGACUGUUUAGAAUUCUUCCUGCGAAUAAGCAAGAUGAAGUUUGUGACAGUCAGUGUUGGCAGCUUUUGCUACUGUAUUGAUGGAGAGAAGAUGACCCAGACAAACAAAACCACUGACAGGGUACGCAACAUACGUAGGAGGCCAGCCUGCAGCUUAGUCAGCCAGGAGAGUGUUACAUUUGAUAAGUUGUUUCUGCCUCUCCCUGCCUCAAAGAAAUUCUUAAAGCUACCUGUGCUGCCACUGAGCUCAGAAUUCAUCUUUGUGGAGAACAUGCUGAAGCAGACUCUGACUGAGGUGAAAGUGUCAAGCAUGCACAGGGUUCAGAACGACCACCUAUGGAGGGUAUACCAGAACAAGAAACUCCUCCUCACCUCCCUUUACAAUGGAGACGUCACAGCAACCAAUGAGCAGUACCUAUUUCACGGCACUGGCCCUGAGGUCAUUGACCUCAUAUGCCAAGAGAACCUGGACUGGAAACUAUCUGGCACCAAUGUGGGCUGCUUGUAUGGCCAAGGGACUUACUUCUCCAACUUGGCAUCAUUAGCUCAUGAAUAUGCCAGGAGUGACAUGACAGGUAAAAGAAUGAUGCUGGUGGUACUGGUUGUGGUUGGGAAGAUGACCCGGGGCUGCAAAGAAAUGACUUUACCCCCUGAGAACAAAGCUUCUGGAAGGACCUAUGACACCACCUGUGACAAUGACACCAGCGCCACCAUCUUUGUCAAGUAUCACAAGGACGAGUACUACCCGGCCUAUGUGGUCAGGUACAGCUAUGACUCUUAUAUACAUAAAUCUUGUUGCUACUAGCAAACAGCUGUUAAGACUAACAUAUUCCUGUUAGCCUUAACAUUUUUCUGUUAAGCGCUAACAGAUAUUCACAAAGCUUGUUAAGGCCUUAACAGCACUGUUAGGGUAACAGCGGCAGGGAGCACUUUUACCGCUUAGCAAACAGCUGUUAGCAGGAUGGCUUACGUUCUUAUUGUAACUCCUCCCUUAUUUGUUGACCAUUUUUCUUCGUUCAAAAAGCAUUUUGAUCAGGAAAGAUAGGAUAUUAAGGCUUGCGCGGAUACAUAGAUGUGUUUGUUGGAUUUACGAAGAAAAUUAUGAUAUAGUUCCUCACGGAUAGAUACAAUAUGUUAGUGAAUCCUAAAAAAAAAUUACCGUUUUCUUCUGUAGCAGCGCGAGAGAAAGUUGAAGUUUCAUGAGGGACAAAAGAAUACCUACGAUAAAAACAAUGUGAAAACAUCUAUUGCAGCCAGUAAUUCCGCGAAAACUCAUGACAGGACUCAGGUGGUGAACAUAUAUAUAUUUUUAUUAAUAUUGACAUUGAAAUCAACAGAUUAAUGCAUAAAAACACUUGAGAUUGUCGAGAGUAUAGUACAGUUGGUGCCCCAGAGCCGAACUUAACAAAUAGCUGUUUGCUAGCUAACAGUUGCCAAGUUCCGCUUUGUGUAUACCUGUUAGCGUCUUACUGUUAACUAACAGAAAUUGUUAAGGCUAACAGAAAAGGUUUAUGUACUAUAUGAAUCAAUAUGUGCUUUUGUCAGGCUUAUCGCUGGGCUUGAACCCUGUCACCUGUUUUUAAUCUGCUUGAUCUGACCAGCCAGUAACAUCUGACAUCUCAAGUAAUGGACGGCAGACUCUUGAUUUUGCAGCGCCCUUGUCAUUAAGCCGCGAAUUUUGGAAAUUCAACCGCUUUGGUGCGAAUCGCCGGCCCAUAACUCCCUCAUUUCUGGGGCUACAGAAAUGUUUUUGGUAUCAAUCGACGGCAAAAUGAAAGGGCUAUAAUUUGAAAUAAGCCACAGGGCUCACAAACCGACUCGAAAGGGUAAAAAAUCGAAUAAAUUCGCAAAAAACGACUCUGAAAAAAACUAUUUUUGAGUUCCCAACCUUGAAACCCACUCAUUUUGAGGGAAUUUCAAAAAAACUUAUUUAACAAAGAAUUUAGCCCUACCAAUGUGCUUUCCAAUAUGAUGCACAGCACUUCCCUACUCCCAGUAAUUUCGUCGCUAGAGCUCGAAAUGUAAACCCUUUUGAGGGCGAUUUUGUCGAACUCCAGACACUUUGCCGUUUUUGUUUAGUGUGGCAUUACUAUUGCCUCUAGAAGGCUGUAAUUUGGCAUGUAGCCCUUACUGGCAAUUUAGUUUGACCAGCUUGAAGGAAUUUUUGAUAGCUCGAUUCCAAGUUUGUCGUCGAGCCGUCACAAAAUAGCCUGUUUUUCGGCCCUUUUGCCGCAAUUUGGUCACGUCCUAGUUUUUUGCUUAAAACUUUUUAUUUAUUUAUUUAGGGCUUCCCAAUUUUUUUUCUGAUUAUUAAUCUGUAUUAAUAGAGCUUUCAUUUGCCACCAAACACGCCUUCCUAGCUUCAGUAGUUUUUGCUCGAGCUUGACCAGAAGUCGCGACGAAAUAUUUUUAUAUAAUCAUUUCACUAUAUAAAUCAACCUAUAAUAAUCGCAUUAGUAUACAUGUUAUUUUUUUAUUUUAUUUAGUAUUCAACCCUUUUUCUUCACAUUUAUGAAUAAUACAUUUAA